AUGCAAGGCUUGUUUUGUUCCCAGGAGCUGUGUUCCAGCCCACAGUUCAUAACCGGUGGAGCCACUCGCACAGACAUCUGCCAAGGGGCCUUAGGGGACUGUUGGCUCUUGGCCGCUAUUGCCUCUCUCACCCUGAAUGAAGAAAUUCUGGCCCGUGUUGUUCCCAAAGACCAGAGCUUCCAAGAUAAAUAUGCAGGAAUUUUCCAUUUCCAGUUCUGGCAGUACGGGGAGUGGGUGGAUGUCGUGGUGGAUGACAGGCUGCCCACCAAGAAUGGGGAGCUGCUCUUCGUGCACUCAGCGGAGGGCAGCGAGUUCUGGAGCGCGCUGCUGGAGAAGGCGUACGCCAAGCUGAAUGGAUCUUAUGAGUCUCUCUCUGGUGGCACCACCACUGAAGGCUUCGAGGACUUCACUGGUGGAAUUGCAGAAUGGUAUGAGCUGCAGAAGGCACCACCCAGUCUCUUCAAAAUCAUCCAGAAGGCCCUUCAGAAAGGCUCUCUCCUUGGCUGCUCCAUUGAUAUCACCAGUGCGGCAGAGACAGAGGCAGUCACUUCGCAGAAGCUGGUGAAGGGACAUGCGUACUCAGUCACUGGGGCAGAGGAGGUGACCUUCCGAGGAACGGUGCAGAAGCUGAUCAGAAUCAGAAAUCCCUGGGGGGAAGUGGAGUGGACUGGAAAAUGGAACGACAACUGCCCAAACUGGAAUGGCGUUGACCCUGAAGUGCGGGAGCGGCUGACCAGGAGGCAUGAAGACGGGGAAUUUUGGAUGGCGUUCAAUGACUUCUUGAGACAUUACUCCCGCUUGGAAAUCUGCAACCUGACUCCAGACACCCUGGCAAGUGACAAGUACAAGAAGUGGAGCCUGCUGAAGCUGGACGGAAACUGGAGGCGAGGAGCUACUGCAGGGGGCUGCAGGAAUUACCCAAAUACUUUCUGGACGAAUCCACAGUAUUUAAUCAAGCUGGAGGAAGAAGAUGAGGAUCCUGAGGAUCCUGAGAGGGGCUGCACUUUCCUCGUUGGCCUGAUUCAGAAGCACCGGCGGAAGCAGAGGAAGAUGGGAGAGGACAUGCAUACCAUUGGCUUUGCAAUUUAUGAGGUGCCCCCAGAGUUUUCUGGCCAGACAAAUGUUCAUCUGAGCAAAAACUUUUUCCUGACCAACAAAGCAAGAGAGAAGUCAAACACCUUUAUCAACCUCCGAUUGAACCGGUUCAAGCUCCCUGCAGGAGAAUAUAUCAUCGUGCCCUCGACCUUUGAACCCAACAAGAAUGGGGAUUUCUGUCUGCGAGUCUUCUCAGAAAAAAAUGCAAACUCCACGGUUAUAGAUGAUGAAAUUGAGGCCAAUUUUGAAGAGACUGAGGUCAGUGAAGAUGACAUUGAACCCAGCUUUAAAAAGCUUUUUGGACAGCUAGCGGGAAGCGAUACAGAGAUCUCCGCCUUUGAACUGCGCAACAUCUUGAAUAAAGUCAUAGCAAAACGCCAAGAUAUUAAAUCUGAUGGCUUUAGUAUUGAGACGUGCAAAAUAAUGGUUGACCUGUUAGAUAAUGACGGGAGUGGUAAACUGGGACUGAAGGAGUUCCACACCCUCUGGACAAAGAUUCAGAAAUACCAGAAAAUUUACAGGGAAAUUGAUGUGGAUCGAUCCGGUACCAUGAAUUCAUAUGAGAUGAGGAGAGCGCUGGAAACAGCAGGGUUCAAAUUGAACUGCCAGUUACAUCAGAUCAUUGUGGCUCGUUUUGCUGAUGAAGACCUCAUUGUUGACUUUGAUAACUUUGUCCGGUGUUUGAUUCGGCUGGAAACCUUGUUCAAAAUGUUUAGGAAACUGGAUACUGAGAAAACUGGAACAAUAGAAUUGAACCUCAUUAAUUGGCUGUGCUUUACUGUCAUUUGAGCCCCUGACAUCAUCAGCUCAGAGACCUCAAAAAGAGCAAGAUCAGGUGAAGAUAAUCAAGCAAACAUACAA